AUGCCCCCAACGCGACCCUCUACUGGCACGGCCACUCCGCCAUAUCCUUCCUCUCGGCCCGGCACUGGCACCGGCACGCCGGUGUCUAACACCGCCAACUGCUCUCUCCUUCUCCGCAGGCAGCUGCGUGACCUCCAGAGGAACCCCGUGGACGGAUUCAGCGCCGGUCUCGUUGACGACGACAACAUACUCGAGUGGUCCAUCGUCAUCAUGGGCCCUACCGAUACGCUGUACGAGGGUGCAAUCCUCAAGGCUCGCCUUAUAUUCCCUCCUGAAUACCCGAUCCUCCCGCCCAAGAUGAUCUUCGACACCGAGAUGUGGCACCCGAAUGUCUACAGCGGUGGGGGCCGUAAGGGCGAGGUUUGUGUGUCUAUCCUGCAUGCACCAGGCGAGGACGAGUGGGGAUACGAGGACGCGAGCGAGCGAUGGCUCCCAGUCCACACUGUUGAGAGUGUUCUCAUCUCGGUCAUCUCUCUGCUCUCUGCCGACGUGCCGGACCUCAAUUCGCCUGCCAACGUCGACGCUGCGAAGCAAGUGCGCGAGGACUACGAUGGAUACAAGAAGAAGGUUAAGCGUCUCGUGCGCCGUUCGGCGGAGGAGGCGUACGACUAG